AUGGGCGCUCUGAAGAAUGAAGCCAGGAGCAAAUCUUACCAUAAAGUGGAUGGGGUUGUUGGGGGAGAUAUCCUGUUCCCACUGAAUAUCUCCCUAGAGGCAAAAAUCCAAGAGAUUGAAUGGAGAUUUAAAUCUGAGAUGCUUCAGCUACUCUCCCUUGGACCUGGAAGUCAUUCUUUUCUUUGGUACAACCCCUUGGACAGAUACAAAAAGAGGCUGGAUGCCAUGAAGGAUGCCUCCCUCAUUAUUAGGAAUGUGACUCUCAAGGACAGUGGAUUAUAUGAGGCUCGGAUCAUAUUCAUUUCUGGAAUGUUCAGUGUUUGGUCUUUUGCCCUUUCUGUCUAUGAACCCCUCCCUGUCCCUCAGAUCCGUAUCCAGUCACAACGUCUCACACCACUCUGGUGCAACAUCACCAUGGAUUGUCAAGUCUCAGGAUCGAGGAAAGCUAUAACAAUGACCUGGAAGAGUUGGAACCCCCUGAAUCAGCUGAAUCUAUCAGAAUUGUCAGAAGUAUCUCCCGACUCCAGAACCCUGAGUCUGUCCUUACCUAUGAGUCAAUCUAACUCCUUGAUCACAUGCUUGGCCAGCAAUCCUAUGGAGCAGAGGAAUACCACCAUAAAUCUGAAAUACAUAUGUGCUCUGAGGGACAUCUUUGCUUCAAACAAAACCCUAGAAGAAUCUGUGAAUGUGUAUUCCUACCCCUGGAAGUGGAUUCUUCUGUGGAAGGGGCUUCUUCUCCUUGGGAUCCUCUUGUGGAUACUGGGUAUGAGGUUUACUGUGGACAAGAAACAAGCCACAAAGGGACGAACUAAGAAGCUCAAGUUUAACAAACCCCGGUCAUGUCAAAUAGGAAAAGAUAUGUCAUUGUCUGACAAAGAACAACAAAGCCCUUACCCUAUCCUUCCAGUUUCUCAGUCACUGAUGGAAAAGAAAUCAACACGCCAACCAACCAAAAUCCUCCAGUCAUAAGUUCCAUGCUUAUUGCAUGAUAGAUUGUCACUGCUCUUCCCUCUAUCCAUGCCAGGACUAACAAGAAAGGCUGAGAAAUUCUCCUUCCCCAAAUGUGGCAAAUGUACAGAAUGAAUACUGUUAGAAAAAUUGAGGAAUUAUCCCCUAGGCUGCUGGAAUCUCAGUCUAUGGGGAGGUGUCUCUGCCCAUAAGAGAAAGCUAGUGAGAAGAGUAAAGUCAAAACUGACUUUUUUCUCCAUUGAACCUUCUAUUUUAUAUGUGAUUUCUCUUCUGUCUUUGUGUCAUAGGACACUUUUUAUAUGUCCAACUCACCAAAUUAUAUUUUGUGUCUACACAAUGAUUGGACAGUUCUAUUCAUGUACCAGUUUUAUUUCUCUAGAUUCUCCUAGAAGUCAUCUUGCUGAUCUCUGUGUCUCUGGACAGAGACACUAUAUCAGCAUGUUUCUCAGAAAGUGGAAGAUAUAGUCUAUGAAGUGAUCUUAGCAGCCUUCCAUAAUUAAGCUAUUAACUGACUCUAUGAUGGCAGCAAUCUAUAUUACCUUAUUUUUGUAUAUUAUCAAAAACCCACCACAGUACUCUGCACAUAAUAGUCACGUAAUAAAAGUUGAUCGAUUGACCUAUCUGGAUGUAAUCUCUCAAAACUUAUAACAGGUGCUAGCUUUUUUGUUGUUGCUUUUAUUGUUGUUCAAUCACAGUCACAUCCAACUUUUCAUGACCCCUUUUAGGGUAGUUUUCCUAAAGGGCAAAUCUGCCUAAAUUAUUCCAUUACACAGUAAACUGCAGUGGUUUUGUAUUACCACCAUUAUAUAUUAGUUUCUCUGUCUGGCACUUAAAGACCUUUACAACUUGACCUCCUUUCUAGUCUUCUUAGGCUUUACUCCUCCCUGAGUACUCCAGGAUUCACUGUCUUUAGCCUUGUUCUUUGCACACAAUGCUCCCUCCUGACUUUGUCCAAUUUCAGAGGCUCUCCCAUGCCUUGAAUGCUCUUCUUCUUCACCUCUUCCUCCUUGCUCUUCUGACUUCCUUCAAGCCUCAGAUCAAAUGCCACCUUCUGU